AUACAGGAAAAUACAGACUUAAUACCUUACAGCUAGUUAGAACUCGGGUGUGGAACAGGAGACGGUCCCAAAAAUACCCUACUAUUCAUUGAUAGAAAAUUUUAGAGUGAUUCUAGUGAGGACAAAAUAGGAAGACACCUUGAUUAAAGGUGGCCAAGAACUUAGCAACCCCCGGGAAUGAAAGUUGAUGCUACAAAAAAUUACAAAAGUCUAGUUGGAUCAGCUUGUGUACUGUUACCUGUACUGAGUAUACUAUUGGCUGUCAUGAUAAGAGCAGGGAGGGAUUUACCAGAGCUCUGUAGUACCCUUGGGGUGUCUUUUAAAAAGCUGAGGAGGUAGUUAGUUCAAAGCUUAAUUGGACUGUUUAACCAAACUGGAAAAUGUUCCGGCUUUUCAGACACACUAAGCAGCUGUGCUGCUUUCAGAUGAAACAAACAUUGCAGAAACCACUUUGGCCUCUCACUUUUUCAGCACUGGUGAAGCAGAAUAGUUUCUCCACAGAUUCUAUACAAUCACUCCAGACAAUCUCUCCAUGGCCUAAGGAUGUGGGUAUCCUUGCUCUGGAGGUAUAUUUCCCAUUGCAAUAUGUAGAACAAAGUGAGUUAGAGAAAUAUGAUGGGGUGGAAUCAGGGAAAUACACCAUAGGCCUAGGCCAGAAGCAGAUGGGUUUCUGUGCUGCACAUGAAGACAUCAAUUCCUUGUGCCUGACUGUGGUACAACAUCUGGUAGAGCGAAACAAUCUCAGCUGGGAUUCUAUUGGCCGCCUGGAAGUUGGAACAGAAACUAUUAUUGACAAAUCCAAAGCUGUUAAGACUGUUCUGAUGCAGCUCUUUCAGAAUUCAGGGAACACAGACAUUGAGGGCAUUGACACAACCAAUGCCUGCUAUGGAGGUACAGCUUCUCUAUUCAACUCUGCUGAUUGGGUGGAAUCCAGCUCCUGGGAUGGUCGCUAUGCCUUGGUGGUUUGUGGUGAUAUCGCUGUGUACGCUACUGGAAAUGCAAGACCAACAGGUGGAGCUGGAGCUGUAGCUAUGCUGGUUGGACCAAAUGCUCCUCUGACUUUAGAGAGAGGUCUCCGAGGAACCCACAUGGAGCAUGUCUAUGACUUCUAUAAGCCAGACCUGGCUUCAGAGUAUCCUAUGGUAGAUGGACAGCUUUCCAUUCAGUGCUAUUUCCAGGCUCUUGAUCAGUGCUAUGCCACAUAUCGAAAGAAAAUUGAAAGCCAGUGGCAGAAAGCUGGGAUAAGCAAACUCUGUACUCUGGAAGAUUUCCAGUUCAUGAUCUUCCACACACCAUUCUGUAAGCUGGUGCAGAAGUCUUUUGCACGGAUCUUGUUGAAUGACUUCCUUGCAUCUCACAAAUCAGACACAGACAGUGGAAUCUACAAUGGGCUCAAGGAUUUCAGCAAUGUGAAAUUGGAAGAAACCUAUUUCAGUAGGGAGGUGGACAAAGCUUUUCAGAAGGCGAGCCAUGAGCUGUUCAAGCAGAAAACACAGCCCUCACUUUUCCUUUCUGCCCGCAAUGGCAACAUGUAUACUCCAUCAGUCUAUGGCUGCCUGGCAUCUCUCUUGGCACAGUAUUCUGCCAAGCAGCUGGCUGGAUCCAGAAUUGGGGUUUUCUCCUAUGGCUCAGGAUUGGCUGCCAGCAUGUUUUCCCUAAAAGUAUCCCAGAACUCUGAUCCAGGCUCUCCUCUGGAGAAACUGGUAUCCAGUCUUUCAGAUUUAGAGGCUCGCUUAGGCUCCCGGACAUGUGUUUCUCCUGAAAAGUUCAAUGAGAUCCUGAAAGUCAGGGAAAAUACUCAUAAUUCAGUUGAUCACAUUCCCCAUGGAUCCAAGGAUGACCUGUUCCCAGGAACCUGGUACUUGGAGGAAGUAGAUGAAAAAAACCGCAGGAAAUAUGCACGAAAACCAGUUUAGAAGUAUAGAGUUGUCAUUAAUGAGUUUUUUUCUGAUAAGACAGAACUCUAGGUCUAAGAACUGUUCAUAGAAAAGAGAUGUGCAGGUGGAAGUCUCAAUUGCCAUUUAUCAGGCAAAAGGAAAAAUGAAAAUACUUAUGAAGAUGAGAAUUUUGUUAUAGUUUGGUAACUGCCUGUCUACCUAUCCUGCCUGUCUACCUACCUAAAUGUUUCUACAUUUAAAAAUGUUUCUUACUAAGACAGUAAAAUAUUAAGAGGAUAGAUGAAGGUAACAAGAAAGAAAAGUGAAAAAGAGAACACUAAUUAUAUUAAACUUCAAAGUAAUAGCUAUCUUUUUUUACCACUAUAAAACUGAUGGCUGGUUAAGAAAUAGUUUUGGCAAAGAAGCACUGUCUUGAGGCUGUUUCAGAUACAUGAAAGAUGAGAAGCAAUACUAUCAAGUUUUGAAAGUAAAUUAGGCCAAAUGUUUCUACAUUUAAAAUAAAGCACAUAACUAUUAGACUUUUGUAGCUGGAAGAGGAAUAUACCAAUAUUGUUCUUUGCAAAACAAUAUUAGGCAAAAUAGGCUGAUAAACAAAAGUUGAAUUAUUCAUAAAUAUGUGCAAUAAAGAAUAAUAUCAAAUCAGAAAA